UGUACCCCUAGCUAUGAAAGGUGUCGUCGUCGGUAUCGCCACCAAAGAUAUCGACGUGGUUUGGGAUGUACCAUUUAUGGGCGGUGAAACUCUUGGCGGUCGAUGUUCGGAAUACAGAGGGUCAACAGUACCAUUCGCUUCUUGUCUCAAUUUGACAAAUCCACAAUUCGCAGUGGAUGAAUCGACUCCUCCUGCUCCUUUAGGUAAAGCCUCACCAUUCAAACCCCGACUCGGACCCCGUCCAGUGUUGCCAAUGCAACAUUAUCAACCUUCCAGACCUGGCAAACAACCUAUUACUGUCAUGCGUAAUCCUAUCAGAGUUCCGACGACCCAUGGAGUACAGUAUAACCAAGCUGCUAGUGGUGUUCGACCACCUCCGAUACAACAAGCACCUGCCCCUCGUGUACCUCACGAGCAAAUGCUUCAAUCGAUCUUGGCGGGACAACAAAGGUUGAAGACUGCUCAACAAGUCAGUAAGUCGUAUCAGCCAACCACUUCGAAUGGUCAUUCGGAUAACCCUUCCGUCCCACGUCAACACUCGCCAAAGAAGAACCAACCCACUCUUCCUCAUCAAGCGAAUCAGCAGGUCGUCUUGCCCGUUCCAGCUUCACAACCAUCCCGAGCGAAUGGACAACAAUCGGAAGAGAGAUCUAAUGGACAUGUGAGAGGACGUGGACGUGGAGGACCUAGAGGUAGAGGUUUCAGAGGUCGUGGAAGAGGUGGACCACCCAAGGUUAUGGAAGCUUCUGCUUGAUGAAUCUACUUAGUCACCCAAAUUUGUCAUUGGAACAUGGUUUUGUCUGAUGCAUUUGAAUCUUGACGCGUUU